CAUGACCUGCCCUUCGCAAGAAAAGUAAACUUAGAUGGAUCUCCUUGAUAAACUUCUGUGAACUCGCCUAACUGGAAAAAACGACAUAGAUGCGGGUGCCGUAAGACGGUUGAUGGCACAAACACGUCAACUUGGCUGAAAGAGGCAAUAUCACCAGUGUGUAGUGAAAGUAUUGACUAUAUGGCUGUGAGAAUUCACAAGAGGAGGAGCUCGGUGUUGAAAGACACAAACUCUCAAGCAGGUGUCUGAGUAAAUAUGUUGGGAGUGCAACUGAUCGCUUGUGACUUUGUUUGUCAGAGCUGUUUCUGGUGUAAUCAGGAGGCAAAUGAGCUGUUUUACAUACAGGGUUGAGGAAAAAGGAGGCAUAUUUUACCUGAAUGAUUCCUGAAGUACAGGGGCGCAGGAGUCUGGAUGGAUCUUCCCAUGUUGAGCCGUAAACGACCUCUGUUCAAUGGAUAUGAAAAGGAGCCUCCGCUGUGCAAAAAGAAAUGUUUGGCCACUCUGAAAACUCUGCUGGACAGAUAUGAGACUGACAGAGACACAGAACAUGCCAGACUGAGGACGAGGUGCGGUCCCCCCUGCACAUCUGACACCUGUGUGAAUGGCGGGACAAAACACCUGACUCACACUGAGCACUUCUUCAAUCAGAUCUCAUCCUGGGCUGACACACAAUCCUCUGUGAAUAAAGUAUUGGAGCAUCUCAAGUCCAGACAAGUAACCGAUGACAUUUUACUCGAUGACUCAAUCAACAAGAAAUUUCUGGAGUUUCACAGUGACAUCACUGAGGAAUGUGGCGCAGAAGAUAAGCAGCAUUCGUGGGCUGUUAUUGAGAAACAGGAAGAGGUCGUCAUGUAUGGACCGUAUUAUCCUAAUUACAACAACGGAGAGCACAGCGAGGACAUCAUUAUUAAACAAACCCAGGAGCUGCUGGAGUCAGAGGAUGUGUCAGAGGACUGGAAAGUGUAUGUUUUCACCAUGAACAGCCCGUGUUUGGCUAGAAACUCAGAUCCCUGCAUGCUUAACCUGGUUCACAGAGCUCAGGAGUGGUGGAGCGUGUAUGGAGUUAAGACUUAUAUUGGUUAUGUGAAAUGCUGGGGCUUCAAAGGAAGUAAAGAGAAUCUGUUCAGGGAUAUUAACUACAGCCAAGUGGAGUGUAUAGAUCUGGCUGAGGACUAUGAGAGCUAUGUUAAAGCAGCUGAGAAGAUUAAUCUUAAUCCUUUAUGUGAAACUCUGUUUCUAGCUGUUAAACGCCGCCUGAGAUCUGCAGGUUUGAUAAACAUGGUGAAAGGUCAGGACUGGAAGAGUUAUUUUAAAAGUAUGCAUAGUAUUUAUGAAAGCAAACCAGAGGAGGAGAAAAAAAUCUUAGCACAGGAGGCGAGCGCCAUGAUAAAAGCUGCACAAGCUCUGCUUUCAGAAAAAAGUGGAAGCUUUGAGGAAUAUUUCGACAAAGGACAUGCAUUUGAUCACACCUUUAGUUCCCAAGUAUCAGACGCCAUCCAGGACCAGAUUAGACUCACAUUUCAACAGUGUUGGAAUGAGAUGAUACAGGACAAACAUGCCGAGUUCAUCAGGGAGAAGCUGACUGAAGACUUCAAUCAAUGCACCGUCCAGCUUUUUAUCAAAGACACUGUAAAGUUCACAAAAGAGUACUUAGACAUUGGAAGGAUACAGUUUCCAGAGGAAGCUCCAAGAUGACGAGGAGGUUACAUAAGAGCAAACAUCUCACACAUGUGUGGUAUGCCUUUGAAGAGGAAUGAAUGACACUCGAGCUCAACAUCAUACAUACUGUUUGCAUUAUGUCAGAAUGCUUUGUCUUUAUUAGUUUCCUCAGCAGAGCUACAGUUGCACACAGAGGAAGGGCAUCAGGUAGUGUUAGUGCACACGUCCACCUCUCACUGUGUCUUUACUUACAAUAUAUCACAAAUGGUGUAUUACAAUUAUACUGGAGUGGAGUUUUUACAUAUAUGCUCGUAUAUUUCUCGGUAAUUAUCCCACAAUUAUCUCCCCCCCCCCCAUGCUUGUCACAAGCAAAUUAAAGCAUUAAGUAUUGCAAACAAACUGUACAGUCUUGGUACAAUACACAGUCAUGAACAACCUUCAGAUAAUAGAUGACUGAUGAUUGUGUGGUUUGGGGUUGUGCAAUUCAUAAUAAAUACUAGCAGGAUGUCUUCUGGAAAGGCCCUCUAAGUUUUCUUAUGGCUGCACAUCUGCACAUGUGCCAGCAGAGGGAGCUAUGUGCCAUCACUUCCAUCCACAUCCAUCGUGCAGCUUACUUGCUGCAAAGGUAGAUUAUCAUGUUGUUUUUUUUCAUAGAGGUGUCACUACAUACAUGUAUUUUUUACACUUUAAAUCAAAGGCGCAAAGGGCCAGCAGGGAGCUGUUCCUAUUGCACUGAGCGGGAGAUCAUGUUUACUGAAGGUCAUCGAAUCUCUGCUGUCUAGGAGUGAUGGAUGUCUGAUUAUCUCGUCUUUGUCAAAUUAGAUAAACUGUGAAAUUACACCUGUGCGUUACAGUUAUUGGUAUCACAUAUAAGUGAUAAGUGAGUGUCAAUAGUGGAGAAUGUUUAAGGGGUCAGUUCAGAUAUUCUUUUCUGUUCAUCCCUACUGGUAUUUUGCCUUGCAGAUGGUUUUAUUUGCUAAAGUUCUAAGUUGUUGCUGCUGAGACUGAGUCGCCCUAUUUCAGCUAAGAUGAUGGGAUGUUUGUGGAAACCUCAAUAGCAAAGUGCUUUAUUGGAUUCUCUGGAUAAUCCACAGACCUCAUCACCUCUGAACAGUUUGAAUCAUCGACCAUCUUGACACUCCCGACGUGUCAAAUACAGCAGUUUGGUCAGUGACCCUACACUUUACACCAGUGGUUCCUGACUGGUGGGUCACGGUCCAAAAGUGGGUCACGUGGGCAAGUGACUCACAAAUCAGUCAAGUUUGUAAAAUAAUGGACAACUACUUUACAGGGACAGCAAAUUAACUUGACGACAUGGCCAAAUGAAAGUAUGACGCUGAAUAUAUUAAACUUUGUUAACCUUUAACUAAUGACUAAGGACAAAUCUGGACCACAUGGCUGGACCAUUCAGGAGCCACCGCUUUAAACUAUGAUGUUCUAGGUACACCCAACGAGUUCUUAUCCCAGAUCGUCAAAUACCGAUGCUUCUCAACACCUUUGACGUGUGAAAUUGACGUCAAAGACACCCUUUGGCGUAUACAUGAGACGCACCCUUUACCAUCUGCAUGUGACGCACAGCUGUUUGCUGGGCAAAACACGUUGUAACUCUUAAUUACCAUAAUUGUCUGAGUUGCGUAUAGGUUUAGGCAACAAAAACUACUUGGUUAGGCUUUGAAGAAAUAUCAUUUCGAGAUGAAGACCGAGUUAAGCCGGAAGUCAAAUCUCUCAAUUUACCAGUCCAUCUACGUUCUGACCCUCACCUAUGGGCAUGAGCUUUGUGUCUUGACAAAAAGAGUAAGAUUGCGGAUACAAGCGGCUGAAAUUAGUUUCUUCUGGGUGGCUGGGCCCAACUUUAAAUACAGUUUGAAGUGGAGUAGAUGAUGCCAGAAGGGUGCCUUUGGCGUUAGUAUCACACGCUGAGGGGUAUGACAAAGUGUCUGUAUUCAAAUAGUCUCUAUAUACAGACUCUACAUUCAGUGAAUGUAGAGUCUGUAGGCAAACCCCGGAGAUCUUGCCUCCGG